AGAAACUGCUUGAAAAAUGAGGGAGUGUAUCUCUAUGCAUGUUGGCCAGGCCGGAGCCCAGAUGGGCAAUGCCUGCUGGGAGCUCUACUGUCUGGAGCACGGCAUCCAGCCGGACGGCCAGAUGCCCAGUGACAAGACCAUUGGAGGAGGAGACGACUCCUUCAACACCUUCUUCAGUGAGACUGGAGCUGGGAAACAUGUUCCCAGAGCUGUGUUUGUGGACUUGGAGCCCACUGUCAUUGAUGAGGUCCGCACGGGAACCUACCGCCAGUUGUUUCACCCCGAGCAGCUGAUUACUGGCAAGGAGGAUGCAGCCAACAACUAUGCCCGUGGUCACUACACUGUCGGCAAGGAGAUCAUUGACCUGGUUCUUGACAGGACUCGCAAACUGGCUGACCAGUGCACAGGGCUCCAGGGUUUCCUCAUCUUCCACUCCUUUGGAGGAGGAACCGGUUCUGGCUUCACCUCCCUGCUGAUGGAGCGUCUCUCAGUUGAUUAUGGCAAGAAGUCAAAGCUGGAGUUUGCCGUUUACCCCGCACCUCAGGUGUCCACUGCAGUGGUGGAGCCCUACAACUCCAUCCUGACCACCCACACCACCCUGGAGCACUCCGACUGUGCCUUCAUGGUGGACAACGAAGCCAUCUACGACAUCUGCCGCAGGAACCUGGACAUCGAGCGCCCCACCUACACCAACCUGAACAGGCUGAUUGGACAGAUCGUCUCUUCAAUCACCGCCUCUCUGCGCUUCGAUGGAGCCUUGAACGUGGACCUGACAGAGUUCCAGACCAACCUGGUGCCCUACCCUCGUAUCCACUUCCCUCUGGCCACCUAUGCUCCCGUAAUCUCAGCAGAGAAAGCCUAUCACGAGCAGCUCUCUGUGGCCGAUAUCACCAACGCCUGUUUUGAGCCAGCCAAUCAGAUGGUGAAGUGUGACCCGCGUCAUGGAAAGUACAUGGCCUGCUGUCUCCUGUACCGUGGCGAUGUCGUGCCCAAAGAUGUCAACUCUGCCAUCGCCACUAUUAAAACCAAGCGCACCAUCCAGUUCGUGGACUGGUGUCCAACAGGCUUCAAGGUGGGCAUCAACUACCAGCCCCCCACCGUGGUUCCUGGAGGAGACCUGGCUAAGGUGCAGAGGGCUGUGUGCAUGCUGAGCAACACCACGGCCAUCGCCGAGGCCUGGGCUCGCCUGGACCACAAGUUCGACCUGAUGUACGCCAAGAGGGCCUUCGUCCACUGGUACGUCGGGGAGGGGAUGGAGGAGGGAGAGUUCUCGGAGGCCAGAGAGGACAUGGCUGCUCUGGAGAAGGAUUACGAAGAGGUGGGAACCGACAGCCUCGCUGAGGGGGACGAAGAUGAAGAAGAGUACUAGACCAGUUGUCUUCAUUGUCUUUGCUGUGACAAAUGUUUUUCCAAAUGAAUAAAAAAGCUUUAAAGGUA